UCGAUUUUCUUUUCUUUUUCUAAAGCUCCUGUUUGUCUUGCGCCUUGUUUUCUUGUUUUCUUUUUCUUCGACAGCCGAAUCGGAACAAUUUAAAAACACCCCUAACGCAUAAGCUUCGCAGAGAAAAACAAUACAAAGACCGGCUGGCAGCCUGGCAUGUUCGGAAGAAUAUAAAAGCCAAAGAAGUUCAUGUGAUGAUCCGAAAACAACAAAAACGAGCUGCCCGCGGAAAGCAAACUGGCUUUCGAGUCGCCGGUCAAGAAGUGGAUUCGAAACGUAUCGCUCGUUUCGUCCGUAGAUACGGUACUCACUGGGAUAACAAAGGUCGCGCCGAGUCUCAGUCCCAAUCUCCACCUCAACUUCAACCUCAGUCUCAACCCGAAACCCAACCGCAGACCCAUCGGUCAAGCCCAGAGCCUGAUACUCCAUCUGAUAUGAGUUGCUAUACUCCCGAGCCCGAUGCUAGAGAUAGAAGCUCGACUUUGUCUCCCCGGCCAGAGACGAUGUCACCUCGCAGUGAGAUGACCCCAUCCUCUUCGGUAGCCUGUACAACUCACGGAAGCUUCACCGAGCACUAUGAGUUUUGGCUUGAAAAAACACAGAAGAAAAAAACUUUGGUUAAUCAAAACGCAGGUCACGACAAGCUCAAGAUAGAACAGACUCCUGCUUCAGAGAUUGAUGAUAGCCAAUCUUUGCCGACGACAACUUAUAGCCCCAACUUACCAAACGACACACCCAAAACCACGGAUGAUGUGUCGUGGAAGGAUCUUGAUUCCUUUCAGAAUCGUCUUCUCGCUCUUCACGAUACUCUUGAGGCCUCAAUGGCCGGAUUUAUAUACCCUAAUGAAGAUGAAAACCGCACACCCCUUUUAUGAGCGGCACGGAUUAUCUAGAGACGAAGAGUGAGGAUCUGCCGAGCCUCUGGGUUCAUUCUUAGAUGUUGUCAACUCGACUCCCCUGAUUCCCCCCACCUUUAUUAUUCCCCGCAGCCACUUCAUCGUUAAGCACUGAACGGUCUUGACUCUGUAACACU